AUGCUUGGAUCCCGGCGUGGCGGUGGUCUCGAACCGAAGCUGAUAUUUUUUCUCUUCCGACAGACGCUCUUUGCGGUGCACAUGACAUGUGAAAGCUGCAUCAAGGAUGUUUCAGACGCUGUGCGGAAGCUGGAUGGCAUCACCAAAGUAGAUGCAAACCUCAAAGACCAAUUGGUCUCAAUCGAAGGCACAGCCGCUCCCUCAGCCAUAGUAGACGCUAUCCAAGCUACUGGCAGAGACGCCAUCCUGCGCGGAUCUGGUUCGUCAGAUAGCGCUGCUGUCAGCAUCCUCGAGACUUAUCAACAUCUGAGUGUUGUUGAGACGCCCGAGGAGAGAGCCAAGCGUGAGAGGCAAGUCAGGGGCUUGGCCAGAAUGGUCCAGGUCUCCCCCGAGGUGACGCUGGUGGACUUGACGGUGCGAGGUGUUUCGCCCGGAUUAUAUCAAAUUACGAUCCGCGAGUACGGGAACUUGACGAAAGGCGUCGAGUCGGCGGGUCCGGUCUGGGCCGGGUCCGAUCGUCCCGCCACAAACCCUAGCGCCAUCGGUGACGCCAAGCCAAGGGGCUUUUUGGGGACCGUUCAGGUGGGAAAGGAGGGCCACGGGAGUGUCUUUAUGGAAGCCUCUUUCCAGGUCUGGGAGGUUAUAGGCCACGCCAUGAUUGUAUCUCGGCUCGAUGAGGCCUCGAGUGGCGAGAACAUACUCAAGAAUGACGCCGACACAGUUGCGGGAAUCAUUGCCAGAAGUUCUGGCGUGUGGGGAAACGACAAGACGGUAUGCGCGUGCUCAGGGAAGACAUUAUGGGAGGAACGCAAGGACGAGAUUCAAAAGGGCAUGUUUUAG